AUGAAGUCUCUGGAAGUUCAGCAGGAGGAAGAGCAUUGGAAGUUAGGCAUCCCGAGAGAAGCACCAAAAGGGAAACAGGCAAAGGCGGGGAAGCUUGCAGAGGUCGUGUGCUUGGGGCAAGGUCCACAACACCUGACUCUGAAGUUGACCGCCCGUCAAUACCAACAAAUUCGACAAGCCGCUGCUGCAGGAGCAACCCGCUUCCAAAGAUUCAUGAAUCAUCCUGCGGGACUCAAGGACCUACAAAGACCACCUGAGAAAUUGAGCGUUUCUCAAAAUGCGGCUCUGGCUUGUACUGGGUUCAUCUGGGUCAGAUACUCGAUGGUUAUUACUCCAAUCAAUUACAGUCUUGGUGCUGUCAACUUUUUCGUCGGUAUGAGUGGACUAACACAGUUGUACCGUAUCUGGGAGUAUGUAUAUUAUAAGUCUCCUUUAGAGGGAUGGUUGCUCAUCAAUUUAUCUGCAGUUACCGCCAGAAACACCCACAGGCCGCUCAAGCAAUUGCUGCCCACUAAAAUACCUAUUGCGAUGGAGGAGUCAGGACACUUUUUUGUAUAUACUUAUUUCAUUGCAAAAAUCCUUUCAUUACAUUUUCGUGCAAAUGACUCGGCUCGGGAUCUAUUGACUAAGGUGGGCGUGAUACGUGUAAAAUUCCAAUAA